AUGGAUAAUCAGCAGCAGGAAAAUCAGAGGCGCAACUUCGCUAUAACAAAAUCAAGGCUGCAGCACAUGAAGCAUGAUCCUUCAGUGUCUAUUGAUGAUUUCAUUUCAAAGAUGCUCGUUUCUUCGAGUAACUUUGCUGGCAAAUCGUCAUGGAGUCCCAAAUUCCCGCACAAAUCCCCGCAUUUAGAGGUGCCGCAAAAGUUAAUGCAACCAAUGACUAUUAAAGGGGACAAAGUCUUCAAUUUUGACGCUGACUUUGGUGGUUUUACUUCAUUUGAGUCAACUGAUCAAACCUCUACUCCUAAUCUUAUUUUGCCGCCUGCCUUUGAUCUCUCGAGUCUAAGUUCCUCUUCUUUUCAAAGUAGUGUCGUUACUCCUAUUGACGUUCCUACUUCAUCUCAUUCUAAUCAGACAUCAGAUCCGUCGGGACCGCUUGAUGAGCAAUUGGUGUCUGAGUCCGCGCUGAACGAAACAGAUCCCGAAGAUGGAUUUGAAGAUUUUCAAGCCUGUGCUUACGAGUCGCCCUCUACGGUCGAACAAAUUCAGAGGCAACUACCCACAGAGGAGUGGUUGAAAUGCCUGUCAGAGUGCCGCAGUAUGCUCUCCGAAUCGGCCUCCAUUUUGUCAUCCCUUGUCACGGACUCCGAUGUGGACGCCUUUGUAGCAACUCCUCGUGGCAAUGAAUUCAUCCUUGAACUGAUUGAAAUCUACGGGAUUAUCCAGCGCAUUCGAUUGGCGGCCUCUCUUAAUGACCUAUUGGAUUCCCAGCUACAGGCAGUAUUUAACCAAAUUGAUCGUGUUUGGGGCGAUUUGGCAAGAUUUGUGAAAAAUCAAGACCACAAGUUGACACUGAAGCGCCGCCUUGUCCAAUCCGUUGAAGCUGCAACCACGGUGGAUCCCCUCUCAGUCGAGCCUAACUGUGGGGUCUGUGUGACGCCUGUCCCUGCCUCCUCCACCUCCUCCUCGCCCACGGUAGAGGCUGAACCGGGAACCGCUGUCAUCUCCCUUGCCGGUCGGGUUUAUCACGCCUCCUGUGCCAACCUUUGGGUCAAUCGGAUUGAACUCUCUCUUCCUUCUCUUCGAUAUCGUGCCAAUGCUCAAGUUGGUCUUGUUGAGUCACGCGAAAUGUUAAAAACCGAGGCGAAGGAGGAGGGGGAGCAGCGGGGCGCGAAGUCCCCUUCUCCAUCGACAGUUAAUCCUCGGAGUGUAGAAAUGUUGGAUGGUUUUGUGAAACGAUUGACCUCAGCCAAUGAGAUGUUAGCUCUGUCAGUUGCGCAGUUAUCAGUCCUGGUUGACUUUGAGUUGCAAGAAUUGAGGCAAAUCUACGCAGAAUUAGGAAUGCCUCAAAUGCCUGAUAACACGUCAGCAGAUGAAUGGCUACUAGCCAUCCAUAAUGGUGCAUUUCCAUCUGACCUUCGUGAGGAUACUGGCGACACUAGCAAUGCUAUCCAAGGUGACAAACGUGUCGAUGAAGUGGAAGUGAAGGUGGAAGAGGGAAUGCAGGUCAAACGUGCACCUGAGUCCAUCCCACCCACCGCUCCAUCAUUGCCUCCUUCUUCGCCACCACAAGAAGCGGUUAAUGCUUUUGCUUUCUUUGUGCAACACGUCGGGGCGACACUGCGACGCGAGCACAAGUCCGCUCUUCGUGGUGACGUGUCCGAGGCCUGGUUAGAGUCAAAACUUGCCACCAAGUGGACCUCCCUCAGUGCUGACGAGAAACUCGCUUGGCAACGUGCUGCAGAAAGCGCUUCUCGAGCGUCCUAA